AGGUAAAAUGUCAACACGAAACCGGCACAAGAGCCUCGUGUUGGCACUACUCAUCAGCAUCUUUAUAACGAAGAACUGCGCCGAUUCUGAUGACAAGACCGAGUGUUUGUCUGAAACAAAACAUCCCUAUAUGAAUUUCGCAACCAAGACGCCCUAUUAUCACGCCCAUGGAAACAUCAGGGAAGAAUUGUCGACUUUGCAAAGCAGUGGAUGCGAUGUGCACAGUGUGUGGAUGAUGAUACGACAUGGCAGCCGACACCCAACAAAAAUUGACGGGUCUUUCAUCAGGCAUCACCUGCCGCUGCUCAGGAAGAAGCUGGUGAAGGCCUACCACCAUGGCUUAGGUUCCUUGUGCAGGAAGGACCUCGAGCUCCUGAAGGAAUGGGAUCCCGACAAGCUCUCCCACGACCGCCGGAUGCAGCUGUUCGAGACGGGGCGUGUCGAGAUGAAGGAGCUAGGGGCCAGGGUGCGUGAGGCCCUUCCCCAGUUCUUCAAGGAGGGCGUUCUGGAGCACAACGUUUCGAUAUGGUCCACGAAUACCGAUCGAACCAAAGAAACUGCAAAAGUUUUCCUGGAGGGCUUCUCUCCCUCACAGAAUCUGGAGAAGAAUAUCGUAGUCAAGGAGCAUGAUAGGAUAAUGGAGUUCCAUGAGAUAUGCCAUAAAUACAACGAAAAAAUCUUUAAUGGCUCACACAUACCGGCCUUCUUGAAGUUCCUGAAAGGGCCUGAACUCCUGAGCGUUGUUGACAGUGUGUCAGAACGCAUUGCUGUCCCAGUCGAAAGGCUACAUGUGGUUCUCAUGUACAAUGCCUGUCGUUAUUACAAAGUGAUGGAGCCGCUGAAGCACUCCGCUUGGUGUGCUGUCUUCAGUAGGAAGGACAUGGAGGUCAUGGAAUUUGGAGAGGACCUUUUCAUGUAUCAUGAUCAUGGUUAUGCUUUAGACAUAACCUACGAACAAGCUUGUCCUGCUGUGCAAGACCUACUGCAACGUUUUCGGUAUCAGAGUGACAGCAGUGUGUUCUACUUCACCCACUUAGAAACGGUGGUAAAGGUCAUGACCCGCUUCGGCUUCUUCAACGACAGCAAGCCCCUGACCUGGAACGCGAUGGAUUCCCGCCGUCGGUGGAGGACCUCGGACUUCGGCGGAUUCGGGAGCAACAUCGCCUUUCUGCUGACCAAGUGCAAGGGCGUCGGAUGGACCGUCAACACCUACAUCAACGAGAAGAAGGUCUACCUGCCCAGGUGUGCGUAUACUACAGGCUGUCCGUGGCUCGUCUUCCAGCAGCUGUAUGGCCAGUACGCGGUCUGCCCCUUCGACGAAUUGUGCGGAAACAAGGGUUUCGGUUCAAAAGUGGUCUCGGAACAAUGGAAAUUUUGGAGGAAACUCAACAUUUUGAGAGAACUGUAGAUUGUCGUAUUUUUGUUCGUGUGGAUAAUUAAUGGUUCAGCAAAUAAAUAUGCAUAUGCGGGUCAUGUAGCACAAAGGUAUUUUUACGAAAAAGGUAAAAGUUAACGAUUAAAAUGUGAUAGAGGCUAAAGGUUGUAGAGCG